GGCAUUUCUAAUUUUAGAAGUGUCAAAGUCAUAGUGUACAAAUUUUGUAUUGUAAAAAUCUAUGAAAUUAUUUUUCGUGUUACUUAGUAAAUAUAUUUAAAAUGUCUAAAGAUUCCCAUAUCGACCGAGACUUAGACUUAUCUAAUGCUAACAGAGGUGUUUGGUUAGUAAAAGUGCCUAAAUAUGUUGCUGAAAGAUGGGAGAAAGCUCCCAGUGAUAUGGAAGUAGGCAAACUGAAAAUUACCAAACCCCAUGGACAAAAGGCCCAAGUGUCUCUCACCUUGUCUUCAGCCAUUUUAAAUUUAAACGAGCCAGGCCAAGAAAGUAUACCAAAGGAUCAUAGAUUGGAUGUAUCCACAGUUACUCAACAAACUCUAGGAGUAUUCUCUCACGUUGUUCCUACAAACACAGACGCUGUGAUACCAGAAACAGAAAAACUAUAUAUGGAAGGCAAAAUUGUACAAAAGUUAGAAUGCAGACCAUACGCAGAUAACUGCUACAUGAAAUUGAAGCUAGAAUCUAUCAGAAAAGCUUCUCUUCCCACACGACAAGUUAAACAACUUGACAGAGUUGUACAAUCAUAUAAACCUGUUUCUGACCAUAAAAAUAAUAUUGAAUACAUGGAAAAAAAGAAAGCGGAAGGCAAGAAGGCUCGUGAAGAUAAAGAUGCAGUACUCGAAAUGCUUUUCGCAGCUUUCGAGAAGCAUCAGUACUACAAUAUCAAAGAUCUCGUGAAAAUCACGAAGCAACCCAUAACUUACCUGAAAGACAUUUUGAAAGAGGUGUGCAAUUAUAAUUUGAAAAAUCCACAUAAAAAUAUGUGGGAAUUAAAACCAGAGUAUAGGCAUUAUAAGCAGGAAGCCGCUGAAACUGUGACAAAAAAAGAAGAGUCCGAUGACGAUGAUUGAUAAAAAUAUUAAUAUUCUGUCUUUGUGCAUUUAUAUGUGAUGUUUUCCUUCAGUGGUGUUCUUGAAUUUCUAUUUAUUAGAUAAGGUCUUAUAAAAUUAUACCAUAUUAGUUUAAUAAAUUUUUAAUCGAAUUAUGA